CAUCAUUGAAACCCGUGCCCGUAACGAACGGCCCAGAUUCUCUCUCCACUCUCUUUAUCAUCUUCUCUAUCGUCUCUCCCUCCCAUUUCCAGUUCCAUUUCUCUCUCACUCUCUUCUGUGAAUAAACCAGUGGAGAGAAAAGAGAGAAUAAAAAAACACCCACAUAAACAAAAGAGCAUGCUGCUAGGUAAACGCAUACGCCAUCCUAUCAAAAGGACGGCAAGCAUGACGGGGAUCACGGUGGAUGUCGUCUCCAACGUCGACGACGGUGUUAUUGUCCAAGAACCUAACAUAUCCGAUGAUCCUCAAAACCACCCUUUCCAUGAACUCCCUAACGCCAACUCCGGUUACGAUCAGCGUUUACUAUACAUGGUGUCGCCCAGAAACCCCGGCGGCAGUGGUAGAAGAUCAGCUUUUACUAGUAACCAUGAUCUCGACGGCAUCACUCCUUUUUUACGCUCCUGUUGCCUCUGUAAACGCCGCUUAGCUCCUGGCCGUGACAUAUAUAUGUAUAGGGGGGAUACAGCGUUUUGUAGUCUAGAGUGCAGAGAACAGCAGAUGAAGCAAGACGAAAGAAAGCAAAAAGAUCCCAAAGUAGCCUGCCCAUCCCAGAAUAAUAAACGGGGAAACUAGAUCCUCUUUCGUCAUCGACUAAUCUGCUCCCCUCCAGUAUCGAACCCCUUCAUGUUUCACAGUACUAUUAAAAGAUUGAUGACGACGACGAUGAUGAAAACAAUAUCAUGGGUGUGCUGUAUAAUAUUUUAUGAAAUUGAAAACAAGUAUUAAUGGGUGCUGUUUUACGAGUAUGUGGAUGCUGACGCAAAUGGGCAAAUCUUGUAGCUUGAUAUCAGCAUUUACGAUUCCAUAUUUCAAAAUUCUCUCCAAGCCUUUU